AUGUCCGCCAACGAGGCUGGGGACGGCGCUGCUGAAGCUAACGAGUCAGCGCCUUCGCCGGCACCUUCACCAGCGCCAGCAACAGCAACAACGUCAUCACCACCACCAACAGCACCGCCGACGCAGCAGCAACAGCAGCCACCAACAGCUAUGGACGAUGGCAAUGUAACGGCACAAAUUAGUUCUGCUGCACAGUUCGAAGGUGGCGUUUCAACAUACGGUGCGGUCAAACAGUUUAACGAGACGAAUAAUAACAACAGCAACAAUACUAAUUAUACGAAAUCGAACGGCUAUCAGCAUAGUCCGAAUAAUCAUUAUAACAACAACAACAACAGCGAUAAUAAUUUUGAUAACACUAGCAGUCCACUAAAAAGUCAACAGCAACCACGUGGUGUGGGCCGUGAGACCAGCUUUCAUCCCAUACAACAGCAUCAUUUACGUCAAGCGGAGGACAGUGAUAAUGAAGAUUACGAGCUGCAAGGCGCUACUGGUGGCUUGAGCGGUGCACCGAUUGGUGAUUAUUGGCAACAACGUAACGGUAUUGUCGGCGCACCGGCUAGCGGACGUCAAAGUCGCGCUCUAAGUCCAACAUACAUCGAUAAUAUGAGUGAGAAUUCGGAGCAACCACCCGUAGUGCCACUCGUACGCUCCAAAUCCCGGCCAGAGUUAUCGUCCAAUGCGCAUUUGAAUUCCGCAAUGAGCGCCGCUAGUCGCUACAAUAAUCUCUCGUACUGGAAGGCGCGUCGUGUGGUCUUCUAUCGCAAUGGGGAUCCCUUCUUUCCGGGCGUGGAGUUGCGUUAUCGUCCCGGUCGUGAUAUCACCUCGUUGGAUAGUUUGUUGGAUAAGAUUUCGCCGAAAAUGGAUUUGCCGCGUGGCGCCCGUUAUGUAUUCUCGAUGGACGGUGAUCGCAAGUAUCACUUGGAUGAGCUUGAAGAUGGUGCUUCCUAUGUUGUGUCCUCGUUCAAGGCGUUCAAGUGUACCGUAAGCCCGUCAACUGUUGGUCCUUCGUCGUCGAGCAUGCUGAAAUUGCACUUGCAUGCCACAUUUAGUAGCCCUUGA